GAAACGCGCAGCAGUGUCGGUCCGUCUGGUGCGCGGCUCCGCAGCUUGUGUGUCCGUCUCUUCGGUUCGAUUCCCCGGGAGCUGCAGAUAGUUCAGGCCGCAGAGAGCAGUGGAUCUUGGGUGUUCCGGACCAGAGCGACGCGGUGGGGACAGACCCGAACCCGCUGCAGUACAAACCCCGCACGGAGGCCUGAAUUGUGCGCGGAGCCUCCCGCAGGCCUCCCGCACGGACUCCCGCUCCCUCCGGGAAAAUGGACGGAUUCACCGGCAGCUUGGAUGACAGUAUGUCUGGAGCGAGUGUCUCAGAUGUCAGCGACCGUCUCUCGGCUCUGGAGCUUCGUGUCCAGCAGCAGGAGGACGAGCUGACGGUCAUGAAAGCUGCUCUCGCUGACGUCCUUCGUCGCCUGGCGGCGUCUGAAGACUCUUCAAUGCCUGUGACCAAAAAACAAGGAGGAAAAGGUGGAGCUGUACUGCGGGAAGCCUACUCCAUGUCCUGUAUCACUAACGGAGGAACAUCUGGACGAAAGAGAGACUCCACAUCUGUUAGCAGGAAAGAGACGGUGUCGUCUGCUGCCAAAAGUGGAGCAGACAGGAAGAAGGAGGUCAGGGGUCAGAUGGAGGAGAUCCAGGAACGGGAGGACGUUCCCCGUCCACAGGACCUGUCCCCCUCCUCCCCCCUCCCUCCUCAGACCUGUGUGACCCCCACUCAGAGACCCGCCCAGUCUGCCGACACCAGUAAAGGCCACGCCCCUCCUAAAAGGGGGGCCAGUGUGAAGCGGGCCUCGGGUAUCGAACGCUCUCAGAGCAGCACAUGGGAGAGUGCAGAUGAAAACAGGAACAAACUGGUGAAAGCUGCUUCAACAUCCAGACUGUUGAGUAAAGUGAUGAAGAGUGCAGAGAGACACAAAGACCCGGUGGUCAGUCAAGCCAAAAUGUCAACCCGUGAGAAAAACAGCCAAUCAGAGGGAAAUCACAUUAAGAUGUUCAUGCGUGGUCGACCCAUCACGAUGUUCAUCCCGUCAGACGUGGAAAACUAUGACGAAGUUCGUACAGAACUUCCCUCAGAAAGACUAAAGCUGGAAUGGGUGUACGGGUACCGUGGCAGAGACUGCAGAGCCAACGUCUACCUGCUUCCUACUGGAGAGAUCGUUUACUUCAUCGCGUCGGUCGUGGUUCUGUUUAACUACGAAGAACGAACACAGAGAUUUUAUCUCGGACACACUGAUUGUGUCAAGUGCCUGGCCCUGCAUCCUGAUAAAAUCCGGAUCGCUACAGGACAGAUCGCAGGAGUGGACAAAGACGGACGAGCGCUGCAGCCUCACGUUCGGAUCUGGGACAGCGUCAGUCUCUCCACGCUUCAGGUCGUUGGUUUGGGAACCUUCGAGCGCGGGGUCGGCUCCCUGGCCUUCUCCAAAGCUGACUCGGGACAUCACCUUAGUGUGAUUGACGACUGUAAUGAUCACAUGUUGACGGUCUGGGAUUGGCAGAGGAAGUCAAAGAUCGCUGAAAUCAAGACCACUAACGAGGUGGUCUUGUCUGUGGAGUUCCACCCCACUGACCCUAAUACCAUCGUCACCUGUGGAAAGUCCCACAUCUUCUUCUGGACCUGGUCCGGAACCUCGCUGGCUCGAAAACAAGGAAUCUUUGGGAAAUAUGAGAAGCCAAAGUUCAUCCAGUGCCUGUCCUUCCUGAGCACUGGAGACAUCCUGACUGGAGACUCAGGAGGUGUCCUGCUGGUUUGGACCAGGAACUCUGCUGAAACACCGUCAGGAAAGGGCCCCAGAGCAUUUCAGAUUAGUCGGCAGGUCAAAGGUCACGAGGGAAGUGUUUUCUGUAUGUGUGAGAUGAGGAGCGGCACUUUGCUGACGGGAGGAGGAAAAGACCGAAAGAUCAUCCUUUGGGACCAUGAACUGAGAGCAGACCGAGACAUCGAGGUCCCUGAUCAGUAUGGAACCAUCAGAGCCGUGUCUGAGGGGAAGGGCGAGGAGUUUCUAGUUGGAACCUCUCGUAACUUCAUCCUAAGAGGAACCUUCAACGACGGCUUCCUGGUGGAGGUUCAGGGUCACACUGACGAGCUGUGGGGUUUGGCGACUCAUCCGUCCAGACAGAUGUUUCUGACGUGUGCUCAGGACCGGCUCGUCUGCCUGUGGAACUCCUUCGAUCACGCUCUGCAGUGGAGCCGCACACUAGAGGAACACGGACACUGUGCAGACUUCCAUCCCAGCGGAGCCGUGGUUGCUAUAGGAACACACUCGGGAAAGUGGUACGUUCUGGAUGCAGAGACCACAGAUCUGGUGUCGAUCCACACCGACGGGAACGAGCAGCUGUCAGUGAUGCGUUUUUCUGUGGAUGGAAGUCUGCUGGCUGUUGGAUCUCAUGACAACUUUAUUUACCUCUACACCGUCUCUGAGAGAGGACGCAAGUACAGUCGCUACGGGAAGUGCACGGGACAUUCCAGUUACAUCACACAUCUGGACUGGUCACCUGACAACAACUUCCUCAUGUCCAACUCUGGAGACUACGAGAUCCUCUACUGGGACGUUCCAAACAGCUGUAAACUGAUCAGAAAUCGUUCUGAGUGUAAAGACAUCGACUGGGCGACGUACACCUGCGUCCUGGGAUACCACGUGUUCGGAGUGUGGCCGGAAGGUUCCGAUGGCACCGACAUCAACGCUCUGAUCAGGUCUCACCACAGGAAGGUGAUCGCUCUCGCUGACGACUUCUGCAAAGUUCACCUGUUUACGUACCCAUGCUCCACCCCCAAGGCCCCCAGUCAUAAGUACAGUGCCCACAGCAGUCAUGUGACCAACGUCAGCUUCCUGUGUAACGACAGUCACCUGAUCUCGACGGGGGGGAAGGACACCAGCAUCAUGCAGUGGCGUUUGGUGGAGAAGUCCUCGCCCUGUGUGAACGACGGCCUGAUGUGUAGCCCAGCGUCCCGUCAGGCAGGCGCCACCCUCACUCUGUCCCCUCCCACCACAGCGUCACAGGAAUCUGACCCCCCCCCAACAGCCAAUGGGACACAAGAACCCUCUCCGGAAAGCCCACCCCCCAUCGAGCUAGCCCCGCCCAUAUCAGCGUUAACCACACCUCACUCCGAGUCGACUCAUCCCAACUCCGACAGCACAGCGAGUCUGAAAGACAGCCUGGAGCCCAGCGACGACACGGCCACGCCCAGCGACGAGAUGGCCACGCCCAGCGACGAGGGCCUGCCCCCCUUCGUCCCGCCCUCAUAGACAGGCCCUGUGUGUGUGUGUGUGUGUUGGUACAGCUGACUUUGUGAGGACCAGGCUAAGUAGCUGUUCAGAGGACAUGUUUGUAAAGUGAGAACAUUUACAUAUAUGAACAUAUGUAAACACAUGACAUCCAAACAGUCAUAGUCACAACAAAAACAACAAAUAAUUCAGCUGCUCUUAUUCCGUCAGUCUGGAUUCAUGAGUUCUCUCAGAUUCAGGCCAAACAGUUCUUCAGUGAGUCUCGAGUAUAGAAGUUCAAAUAGGUGUGCGUGCGGCUGCAGAGUCACAUGGGUUAUUUCAACAAUCAUGUGAUGUCACAGUUUGAACCUGGAGGAGGGAACAUAACCUCUCACACCUGGACAACAGGGGGCAGCAGAGGACAAAGGAGAACAACAGUAGGAGGCGAUGAAAUUAAUAGUCUUGUUUCUACAAACUCAAAGAACUGAGACAAGUAAGACACGUCUCAGUAACGCUUUCUUCACCAGUAGAAACAGAGUAGUUGAAGUGGGAGAUAAAGUCGUCAAUGUUUUUUAGAUUUUUUUUUUUAUUCUUUGAAAUCUAAAUUUAUUAAAAAAAACUUGACUCAUU